CAUGUUCCAGGUCAAGUGACUGAUCUCCUCCUGGCAGAGCGCCCAGCACUCAACGUCCUGUCCCGGGUCAGCGGAGUGGCCACAGUGGCUAGACAAGUAUCAGAGCAGGCGCGGGCAGCCGGAUGGUCAGGGCAGGUUACAGGUACCCGCAAAACUACUCCUGGAUUUCGCCUGCCAGAGAAGUAUGGCCUACUAGUGGGAGGAGCCGGAACACACCGUUACGGGAUUGGGGAUCUCAUCAUGUUGAAGGAUAACCAUAUAUGGGCAAUGGGAGGAGUCAGAAAGGCUCUACAGGCUCUGCACACUCUGGCUGGGCGCACUAUAAAGGUGGAGGUGGAGUGCAGAUCCGUGGAGGAAGCCUUAGAGGCUGCAGAAGCUGGAGCAGAUCUCAUCAUGCUGGAUAAUUUCACUGCAGAGUUAUUGCACCGAGCUGCUCUUACUGUAAAGACUGCUUUUCCUGGAAUCGUGGUGGAAGCUUCUGGAGGCAUCUCCCCACAGAACUUCCUCCAGUUCUUGGGCCCUCAUGUGGACAUGGUGUCCAUGGGGUGUCUCACGCAGGGACCUCCAAGUGUCGACUUCUCUUUAAAACUAGCCAAAGGCUUAAAGACCAAUGGUGGCCUCCCACACCCCUGCAUCGCAGUGUCCAGUGAAGACAAAUGAAGACCAAGAUUUUAGCCCCACCAAACCACUUAAUGGCCCCACCCAAAUUCACUGUGUACUGUAAACCCCAAAUGUCACCAAUGUGUACAUAGAAGCUUGGACACCAGAGAAGAGAGGACAGUACCAUAUAGACACCAGGCCAUGACCUUUUUUCCUGCAUUGACUUUAUUUACCACAUAAAUGGCACCACGAGAUGCCAACACAACAACACGAGAUGCCAGUACAACACAAGGUACCAGGCAACACCACAAGAUGGAUUACCCACAAUUAUUAUUAAAGAUUUCAGUUCUGUUA